CUCUCUCUCUCUCUCUCUCUCUCUCACCCUCUCUUAAACCCCCACCCCGGCGGUGAUGCAGACGUUCAGACGGUGGCAGACGCAGCACGGGGACCCUCGCAGACAGACACAGACGCACAGCUCCUGGAUACAGCACACCCAGCUCGACGCCAACAUGUCUGACAAGCCCGACCUUGCCGAGAUCGCCAGCUUCGACAAGACCAAGCUGAAGAAGACGGAGACACGAGAAAAGAACCCUCUGCCGACCAAAGAGACCAUUGAACAAGAGAGGAAAGCAGAGACUACCCCUUGACCAUGAAGAGAGGUGCAAAGCAAGAGGGCAACACUGCAAAAAUGGUGUUUUUGGCCUGCUGUUGACUGUUAUUCUGUUCUCUUCUUUUUUGUCAAGCCGGGAAAAACGCAGCCCGCCCGGCCAGGUCACUGACCGCUGGUGAUGAUGGGGAAGCCAAUUUAAUACUCUAACACCGGGGCUGUCCGCAUCACUGGCCGGGUUUUGGCGGGGGGGGGUGAUGGCAGACACGGGAGGGAAAGGGCUUAAUGGCUUGUCUUUUCCAGUAUUAUCUCUGUUACUUAACACACUGUA